AUGGCGGUAUAUAUCCAAACUGAAACCUUCGAUAGUCUUGUCAAUAAUUGGAACACAUUAAUGAAUCGGUUGGAAGAGGGAAUUGCGGAAGAUGGUGCAUUGAUGGAUCAAGUCUUGGAAUCGAUGGCCAUGAUAGUGGUGAGAUUCAUGGGGUGCAUGUACUCAGUGCUGCCUCUCAGAAUCUGUUGGACUAUGAUUCUACUUGCUUUCUCUGAUGGAUGGAAUGGAUCCCAAAACGCGUAA